AUGUCUUUACGGAAGAAAAGUAACACUUUAAGAGCACGUUGUGCUUUUUCAGCGUCUAUUAAGACGGCUAACUCUGCUAAUACGGCUGGGUACGCGGGGAACAAUAUCACAUACGCGGGAGCACAAGCUCCCGAUACUGGCAAGCACAACCCUCUGCAAGGGACCAUUGGAUACAGAGUUAAUCCACAUAGCGGCUAUGGGUGCACGGGCGGUUCGGGCGCGAUGAGCGGCGGGGGCGAGAACGCGCAGUUCGGCGCCACCGCCGCGAUGGUUGCCGCGGCCACCACGGCCGCGAUGCAGGACUCGCAGUCCUUCUCGCAGAUGCAAAACAACAUGACUAUGGGAAAUCCACAGUAUGGCGGGAUGAACGGCUACGGUCAGCAGCGCAGCCAUAACCCUGCCAUGACUGGUAUGGGCAUGGGAGGAAACGGCGGGAUGAACGGAAUGACUGGCAUUAAUCAGAUGGGAAACGCUGCCAUGAAUGGUAUGAAUCCAAUGGCACAAAUGGCCAAUAUGGGCAUGCACGCAAAUAUGAUGUCUUCACAGAUGGGACCCGGACAAAUGGGCAGUUCAGCGAAAAUGGGCCCAGCGUACCAAAGGCGCCACGCACCGUAUCCAUCAGGGACGAUGCUUAUGGGACAACGAAAGCCUCAGUACAUGGGUGGCCAACCGGGCUUUGGGCCUGCACAAUACCCUACUGGAUAUGGGGGAAGACCUGGUUUUCAAUCACAGUAUCCGCCUCAGCAGCCGUUAGGCCCGACUGGGAACUUUGGAGCAGCUAUGAGAGGAAGUAUGCGGCAAUCGACACCUCCUUAUUCCAACCAAGGGCAGUACUUCAAUGGUGGCGUGCCCAACCAGUUUCCUCAGCAUCAAGCUGGAAAUACACAAUACGGAGGGCAAUAUAGCGGGCAGUUUGCGCAAGAAGUUGCAAUGCGAACAAGCAUGACUUACCAGCACAGUCCAGUGCCCGGAAACCCAACUCCGCCGUUGACGCCAGCAAGCAGUAUGCCACCUUAUAUCAGCCCUAAUGCUGAUGUAAAACCCCACUUUAACGAGCUCAAACCACCGAUGGGCAUGCAGAAUGACGAGCUCCGGUUAACAUUCCCUGUAAGAGAUGGUAUUAUUUUACCACCAUUUAGGUUAGAGCAUAAUUUAGCAGUUAGCAACCAUGUAUUCCAAUUAAAACCGACGGUUCACUCAACGUUAAUUUGGAGAUCGGACCUAGAAUUACAACUUAAAUGCUUCCACCACGAGGAUCGGCAAAUGAAUACGAAUUGGCCAGCGAGUGUUCAGGUGUCGGUCAACGCAACACCAUUAGUCAUAGAUAGAGGCGAGAACAAAACGUCACACAAACCAUUGUACCUGAAAGAAGUGUGCCAGCCUGGCAGGAACACGAUACAGAUUACAGUAUCCGCGUGCUGUUGUUCGCAUCUGUUCGUAUUACAAUUAGUCCACCGGCCGAGCGUACGCAGUGUUCUACAAGGGUUGCUGAGGAAGCGACUGCUAACAGCUGACCACUGUAUCGCCAAGAUCAAGAUGAACUUCAACCAAACUCCAGUUAACAACAACGGUUCUAACACCGGCAAUGACAGGGAUAACGUAGAGCAAACAGCUCUAAAAGUGUCAUUAAAAUGUCCAAUCACCUUCAAGAAAAUCACAUUACCGGCGCGUGGACAUGAAUGCAAACACAUACAGUGCUUUGAUUUAGAAUCAUAUUUACAACUCAAUUGUGAACGAGGGUCAUGGAGGUGUCCAGUGUGCAAUAAACCAGCUCAAUUAGAAGGCCUGGAAGUCGAUCAGUAUAUGUGGGGUAUCCUCAACACGCUCAACAGUUCUGAUGUUGAUGAGGUUACUAUUGACAGCGGGGCAAAUUGGAAAGCUGCUAAGAAUCCCGCAAACCCAGGAAUUAAGCAAGAAGAUGACAGCAAUGACAACAGUUUAGGGAAGAGGAGCAAAGCGGUCUCUCCUGGGUCAAUGAACAUGCCUACCAUGAACAAUUGGGAUCAGGCGCUAUCGCCUUAUUUGCCUCCAGACAUGAACACAAUUGCGAGCGGUUCUAUGAUCUCUUCUUACAACCAAAGUACACAGAAUAGAAACUCAAACGCAAAUAACCCGAAUUAUGACUUUAGUAUGAACAAUGGCCCUGGAAGUAAUGAGUACGCUGGCAAUGGACCUCUUACGCAUUUAAACGACAGCGUCAAUUCCUUAGAUCCACUUAACGCGAUGGAGAAGAGUUUGAACGAACAGAUGCCGCAUACUCCGCACACGCCGCACACGCCGGGCUCCGCGCACACGCCAGGCGGUGGCGGUGCUCACACGCCGGGCUCCAGUCACACGCCGGGCCCACCUUCCGUUGGACAUCCGCUAAACGAAGUCGACAUACCCGCGGACCUAAACUUCGACCCCGCCGCUGUCAUCGACGGCGAAGGCACCGACAAUCUCAACUUGCUUCCUGAAACAAAUGUGGACCCCAUGGAGCUGCUGUCAUACCUCGAUGCACCUGCACUAGGCGAGUUACUCGCAACACCGCCAUCUUCCUCCUCGUCAGCGGGUUCGCAUCCUCCAAGAGCUCCAUCUUCAGACGAUCUACUAGCACUAUUCGAGUGA